AUGGAUUUCGCCAAGAGCGAGCACCUCGAGAGGAACCCCCUGCAAAAGUUUCGCGCCCAAGCCAUGAGGUUCGUCAAGCCGAGGCCAACUCCCCAGACAAGCAAUAAUAAGUUGACCGACAAGUGGAGAGCCAGUGUCCAUCGGAUCUCAAAGACCCUCUACCAGGAGGAGCUCAUCAAGUUGGCAAAGUCCAUCCACGUGCAGGGCCUGCUGUCCGAGUGGGAGGAAAACAUCCUGAAACUGAUUCCCAGGACCUCCAAGAGAAAGCACAUCAUGUUCCUGAUGGGCGUCAUGAAGGAGGUCAGGCAGGACUACCUGCGGGAGAUGCAAGAUUUGAGCGCCCGCAGUAUCGUGCGCGUCGCCAACGGCAGCGAGCCCAUCAGUGCCGAAUCGCCGAAAGCAAUCAGGAGAGCCUCGACCGAGGAUUUCGGCCUAACUUUUCACGCGAAUCGCAAACUCCUGAACAAGAGGUACCUCCUGUCCCACCGGCUGAUCAGGAGCAUCGCCAACAUCAUGCACUACAAUCUUCCACGGAGUUUCAUCAAUUUCGAUAAGUACAAGGCUGUCGAGGGCGCGCACGUGUCGAGGCUGAGCGACAUGAUGAACGGGGACGUGCAGCGUUGCGGCGUGAUCGUGCAAAACCAGUGUUACAACGAGAUAGUGAAGCACAUGCUGCAGAUGACGCACCUGAAGGACGACAGGAGGCUGCCGAGGUUGUUGCACUGCGCGGAGAGCUUCAUGGCCCAGCAGAUCUUGAACAGCAUGAUGAAGAGCAUCGACGGGCUGAUCGACGCGCUGAGGGGCCCCGGUGGUUGUUGGGCGCGCUUGAAGUUGACGCUGUUGUGCAGGAACGACGGAAUAGAACUCGAGCCGAGCAUCGACGAUGUGUUCGCGGCGUACCACCGGGUCGUGGACGGCGUAGGUAGCGUAGCCCAGGAACUAGUGCCCCUGGGCGAGUGGCUCAAAGUGAUGGAUGACGGCAAAAGGAGGUACAUCAAGGUAGCUUUGCCGGCGUGGUUUUUGAAGAGGGCUCACGAGGAUCUGCAAGAGGUGCUCGAGGGGUGUUUCCAGUCGUUGCACGAGCACCACGAGUUCGCGAGUGCGCGCUUCAAUUUGUUGUGCUCGAGCAAGACUAGGAGACAGAUUAACCGGCUGAUAGCUAGUAGGAGGAACUUUGAUGUUUACUGCGCGGAGGUGCGCAAGUUCAACGGGUACUUGAAAGAGGUCGCGGACUUGGCCCCGAGCGUGUACUAUGACUUCGGGACGUUGGACCAGUCGGUGGCGAUAUGCGAUUUGAAGCAGAACGCGUCCGAAAUCAUCGGUAUCCUCGUCGGUGUACUGCUCGACAAUCAUCAGGAAUUGAAUCGGAGUAUUUGCGCGGAGUUUGAGAAUCUGGAGAGCAGAGCCCUGGCGAUCCCCGAUGACACGAAAUCGUUGUUCGAGCUUACCGAUUACGUGUCUCACGCUUCGAAAGUUUUGGUGAAGGAGUUGGAGGAGAAGAUACGGCGCUCGGUGGGCAUGUUGUCGUCGCUGCUGGAACUAGCCGUGUUGUCCAACGAGCACGUAGAAUUGAACAGGACCACGAUCAACUGGCUGGAGCUGAUAAAACCUGUCUUCAGUCAGCACAACAUAUUUUGCGAAGCGAAGAAAGGCGAGUUGGAGGACGAGCUUCAGAAGAAGGUCAAUACUCUGAACGGGGAAGUGGACGCGAUUUUUCCCGAAUUGGUCAUUAUUAAUGACAUGGACGAUGCCAACAGGAUUCUCGAGUACAAGGAAUUUCUGAUUUCUAUUUUAAAAAAGAUAAGUCUGCUGGACAAUCAUAUUUCGGGGAUAAACAACGAGGAGAAGCUUUUCAAGUUUCCAGAGACGACGUUUCCCAAAGUCGACGAGGUCAAGGAAGUCAUGAGUUCGUUUUGUUCGUUGAUACACGUGAUUUCACAAUGGCAAAGGAAUUACGGCGUUUGGAUGGACGGGCCAUUCGAGUAUUUGGACGCACAGUUGAUCAGAGAGAAAACGGACAGCUACUUCAACAAGAUUACGGAGAUGCACAGGGCGUACAAAGUGAAGAUUAAGUCGGAUCUGACGUCGAAUAAGCCGUUCAAGUUCUCUGGGAUUGUCGACGAUCCAGAUCCGAUGCAACAGCCGGCUCCGUUGAAACUGUGCUGGCAAGCUCUACGGGAUUUAAGCGAGUUUAAAAAGUAUGUUCCGUUGGCGAUUUGCAUGUGCAACCCUGCACUGGAAAAACGUCACUGGGACGAGAUGUCCAGCAUAGCUGGUAUCAAUUUGUUGCCCAAUGCUGGUACAACUUUGAGAAAAAUGAUCGAUAUCGAUUUGUUGAGGGAUUAUGAUAAGUACCAUGUCAUCAGCUUAGGAGCCAACAAAGAAUUAGCUUUGAGCCGGUUGUUGAAUUCGAUGAUCGGCAAGUGGAGUAGCGUUAGUUUUUCAAUGACCGUUGACGAAGCAUCGAAUUUUCCAGUUUUUGCCGAUGAAGAUCAAAUAGAAAUUCUACUCGAAGAACAUUUCGUGGAAAUUAAAAAGAUGAGAGCGUCUUACUUCAUUGCGCCCAUCGAAACGAAAAUAGUUGAUUUUUAUAAAAAAUUGUGCUGUGUCCGCGAUACGAUAGAAUUGUGGAAUGCUGUGCAAGAACAGUGUACGUACUUGAAUCCGUUUUUCAUUCAUCAAACUGUACAGAGUAAUCUUGCAACGGCAGUCGAGUUGUAUAAUUUUGUGGUUUUUAUGCUGAAAUCCAUCAAGGAAGCUGUCGCGUCGACGCCGACUUUUGAUUUUAUAACGCAAACCUCGAGUGCACUGGACAAACUUAAAGAAGGAAUGUAUGCUGCCGAGCUGAUAAGAGGAAAAGUGCGCAGUUACCUUGAUGGACUAAGACUUUCGUUCAAUCGAUUUUUUUUCGUGUCAGAUGGUGAAAUGAUGAAACUUUUAUUCGAGCAUCAGUGUGUUACUGAAGCAAAUUCUCAUUUGCAAAAGUGUUUUCCUAAUGUAGUGCAAGUAAAAAUGGAUCAACAAAGUAAUAUAGUUUCGAUCGUGGGAGAAGAUGGCGAGGAAUUAAAGUUGGAGAAUGUAGUUUCAGUCGUGUCUAAUGUUGGCUCUGUAACUGAUUGGCUAGUGACUUUGGACAAGGAAAUCGGUUGUACAAUUAAAUACAAGAUUGUUAAAUCUUUAGAGGUUUUUAACGAUGAAGUGUCUCUGUCGUGUAUAUCGAGUAAUCCUGCCAUGGUGACCUUUUGCACGUGGCAAAUCAUUUGGACGUCGCAAAUCCACAAUUGUUUCAUACUUUCCAACUCGGAGGCCUUAAAAGUUUGUCGCAAUAAAUUCAACGAGUACAAAGAAAGUGCUCGGCAGCUCUUAAAACUUAGUCUGAGUAGAAAAGAUCGAGAAACCGUUACCUCUUUAAUUGUCCUUCUGAUUCAUCAAGAAGAAGUAAUUAAUUUGCUUGUUGAGAAAAAGGUGCACGAUGACGCAGAUUUCGAUUGGAAAGCUCAAGUUCGUUAUUACUGUCAAGACGAACAAGUCAAAGUCUUUAUCAUAAACACUUGCAUUAACUACGCUUACGAAUACUACAGUAGUAAUCAGAAAAUAUUGGUCAACACGCCGCUGACAGAGAGAUGCUACAGAAGUUUGAUGGAAGCAGCAAAUCAAAAUUAUUACGGGAAAAUCGUUGGCUUCUCGGGUACCGGAAAAACUGAAACGAUUAAAAACUUGGCCAGAACAUUGGCUAAGCCAAUGUUUGUAUUUCAAGGAGAUGACAGGCAAGAUUACAACUGCAUGAUCAAUGCGUUUAAAGGACUGGUGACGUUAGACGUGUGGGUGUUUUUAAAAAAUUUUACAACGAUAAAAGAAGAAGUACUGUCCGUCAUUGCGCAAUACAUUUUCCGGAUUUUUCAAACCAAAAUUAUGAAUUUAACCACCAUAAACAUCGACGGAGCUCAUCUUGACUUUAAUCCAAACAGCCAUUUGAGUAUAAGUGUGAACCCAACGAUACCAAAACUGUUUAACUUACCGGACAAUUUGAGGCUACAUUUUAGAACAGUUUGUUUCAUGAAUCCAGACGCAGAAAAGAUUUGUCAAAUCGAACUGUUCGCCGCAGGAUUCGACGAUGCUAAGAAUUUAGCGACGGCAAUAAACGAAGUUUACGAUCUUUGUAAUGAUCUGAUGUCUUCCCGUAAAACCUACAAUUUGAAAUUAAGAAGCAUGAAAUGCGUUGUCGCGAGAGCAGCUCAAUUGAAAUUUGCAUCCCCAGACGAGGAUGAACAAACCUUACUUUUUCGAUCGUUGAUUGAUGUAAACAUUCCCCAAUUGGCUGCCAACGACAUCGUCAUCUUUCGAAAUGUAUUAAGUACAAUAUUUCCAGGAGCAGUGCUACCUCCUCCUAAUCACGACAAUCUUUUAGAAGCGGUGAAAAAAAUCUGUGCGGACGAACACUUGAGUAAUCACGACGUAUUAAAGUCAAAGGUAGCUCAAUUGUACGAAAUGUUGAAUGUUAGAAGGGCAAUCAUUCUCGUUGGGGACGCUUGUAGCGGAAAAUCGACUAUUUUACGCGUCCUCAAAGAGGCCUUAACGCUUUUGCACAACCAAGACAAUCAAGACGACAAUUUCGUGGUGAGCUGUGAAGUAGUCAACGCCGGGGCUUUGAGUGUCGAUAGAUUGUACGGGUAUACUGACAAAGGAACUGGCAAGUGGAUCGACGGAGUUUGUGCCAGUGCGCUUCGUCGUCUGGUAGAAAAGGACAAUUCUGAAUGCAAAUGGUUGAUAUUCGAUGGGAAUCUAAGUGGUUCGUGGACCGAAAAGUUGGAAACAGUUCUUGAUGAUGAUAAAACGUUAUUUUUAACUUCGUACGAGCGAAUAGUAUUAAGUAAAGAGGUACACAUAUUUUUCGAAACAUCGACUUUGCAAGACGCUUUACCUUCGACAAUCUCCCGGUGUGGUGUUGUUCACUUAGAUUCUCGGGCAAUAGGCUGGAGACCUUUUUUAUUAGCCGACAUUAUAAGCGUGGAACAAUUUUGCGGACACGAAAAACAAAUUUACGCGUUGUUCGACUGGACCGUGGACCCAUGCUUGGAAUUCAUGCGCAAUAAUCGUUGUACAGUUGGCUUGGCGUUAACCGAUUUGCACCUGGUCAUGUCGACCCUGGAUUUGUUCAAGAUGUACAUGAAUUUAGCGUUCGAAGAUAAUUUAGACAGAAAAGAAAAAGACUACAUCGCAGUGUGGUCCCAAGCGGCCGUUAUAAUGGCCAUUAAUUGGGCACUGGCAGGAACUCUAGAUUUCGAGUCGAAAGUAAGAUUCGAAGAAUUUUUUGCGGCCUUAUGGAACAACUUGAACGAGCGUUAUCCUCGUCCGCCCGAAAUAAAACAAUUGGAAGUAGCGCUGCCCACCGAAGGUAGACUACAGGACAACGUUUACGUAUUCAAGGGAGCCGGCAACUGGAAAAACUGCGGGGACAUCCUUAAAACGGAAAAAAUCCAAGAGGACGUAUCAUUUCAAGAAAUUUUCAUACCCACGAUCGACAGUUUGAAGCUAUCCAUGAUUCUCAACUUGCACCUCAAAAAUCGCAAGCCGUUUAUCUUAUGUGGGCAAAGUUCCAGCGGCAAGACCGCUUUCCUUCGAAACUACCACGCCAACGUUUCCACGUUGGAAUACAUUAUGAACUUUUUUAAUUUCGAUUACCUAACAGGGUCGGACAAGGCCCAAGAACUGUUUCUCUCCAAGUUGAAUAAAAUCAAGCACUACGACUACAGACCGUCCAAGAAUAGGUGCUGUGUGCACUUGAUUGACGAUUUCAACGCCAUUCCCGGCAGCGAUGUGGAUUCAAACUCGACAACGGAAUUGAUACGGCAGUACAUGGAUUACGGUUUUUGGUAUGAUAUGAAACGCGUGAAGAAAGUAACCGUGACAAACGUGUUGUUCGGCGCGGCGAUGACCACAGGAAGGGAAAAACUUGGCGCUUGUCCCCGUUUUCUGAGGCACUUCAAUGUAUUCGCCAUGUACGCGCAAACAAAGGACAGCAUGUUUCGAAUUUUUUCGAACAGUCUCACGAUCGGUUUGAAGAACAACUCCUUCGCUCCGGACAUUGCGAGCAGCGUCACUAGCAUCGUCAACGCCACGCUGGAAGUGUACCAAGCCACGGUUCAAGAAUUGCGACCAGUACCGACAAAGCCGCUUUAUUGCUUUUCCAUGAGGGACGUUCAAAGAAUCGUGAACGGUUGCAGCUUGAUUCACAAGGAGUCGGUCGAAAAUAAAGUAACUUUCAUCCGGCUGUGGGCCCACGAAGCUUUUCGCGUACUCACCGAUAGGAUCAACGACAACGAAGACAAGCAAUGGCUGUUCUCGAAAAUACGCGAGUCCGUCAAGAUGUACUUCAAGGACACGUUCGAGUCGGUGUUCGACAAUCUGCCAAAGUACGGGGACAACGAGCUGACGUUGGACAGUUUUCAAAAUCUCGCUUUUGGCAAUUUCGUGGAUUUGUACAAAAGCAAACGAAGGUACGAAGAAAUCAGUUCGUUCGAGCAGUUAAAGAACAAGUGUUUGCAAUACUUGGGGGAAUUCAACGAGAGCAAUGAUAAAAAGCUCGACAUGGUAGUCACGUGCCACGUGCUUCAGCAUUUAGUCAGAAUAUGUCGCGUUCUGGCCACCGCAGGUGGCAGCAUGUUGAUGAUAAGUUCGAGUGGUACCGGGAGGAAAUCGCUUGCGCGAUUAGCUGCUCACAUUCAACGACAACAUUUGUUCGAACCAACGAUGGACACGGAAUACAACGAAACUUGUUGGAGAAACGACAUUAAAGCCAUGUUGCUGGACUGUGGGACACUAAAGAAAGAUAACGUCUUUUUGAUGAGCGAUCGACAGAUGAGACCGGAAUUCGCAAGGGAUAUUAGCAGUUUGCUGAGUUUUGGGGAAAUUCCUAUGUUGUUUUCCGAUGACGAGCAAAGGGAUAUCAUAAAAAAAGUGCGACUCGAUGCCCAAAACGGAAACAGAAAUUUAGAACUUAAAAUGUCGAGUAUUUUCGAUUACUUUUUGUACCAGUGCAAGCAAAAGUUACACGUUAUUUUGAACGUAGGGCUCACGCGAAAAAAUUCACUAGACUACUUGCACAAGUAUCCCGCGUUGAUCGACAAAUGCACGAUCAACUGGCUGGACCCUUGGCCAGAAAAAGCACUGGAACAAGUGGCUACUUGGUACACAAGAGACACAAGUAUUCAAGAUUCCGUGAAGCAACAACUAAUACUCGCCAGUAAACAUUGUCACGGUAGAAUGAGGCAGAUAAGCACGAGUUAUUACGAAGAAACGGGAAUAAUGUCACACGUAACGCCCGUGAGUUUCGCGCGUACGAUCAAGCUAUGCGUGAAAAUAAUCUCUGAUAAACAAAGGGAGAUCAAAGCAACGAGAAAACGAUAUCUGAGUGGAUUGGACAAGUUGCAGCUGGCAGCUCGCGAAGUGGCACAGAUGAAAAACACGUUGACGAAACUCAGGCCGCAACUGGAAGCGUCGGCUCGAGAAACCGAGGAAACAAUGAAGGAAAUCGAGAACGAGAACUUGAGCGUGGAAAAGACAACUGUUCUCGUUAAGCGGGACGAAGAGGUGGCUAACAAAAAGGCUGAGAUAGCCGGUAUUUUGAGGACAGAGUGCGAAUCCGAACUUGCCGUUGCCAUACCCAUUUUGGAGGAUGCCAUUGCUGCUCUGAACACCCUCAAGCCCACGGACAUCACGUUGGUCAAGGCAAUGAAAAAUCCCCCCGACACCGUCAAACUCGUCAUGGCUGCAGUUUGCGUGAUGCUGGGCGUGCCGUCCGAAAGGGUCAUAGAUUCCGUAACCGGCAGAAAAACCAUGGACUACUGGGGUCCCAGCAAACGAGUCUUAGGUGACAUGAAUUUCCUGCAAAACCUCAAGGAUUACGACAAGGACAACAUAUCCCCGGCAAUCAUGGCCACGAUCAAGAAAACGUACAUGUCGGACAAGAACUUUAUGCCACACAUAGUCGCUAAAGCGUCCAGUGCUGCCGAGGGAUUGUGCAAAUGGGUCCGGGCCAUGGUCUCUUACGACGAGGUGGCAAAAGUUGUGGCGCCGAAGAAGGAAAAACUCGCGGCAGCUCAAAAAGAGUGCGACGAGACGGAAGCUUUUUUGAACGCCAAACGUAAUACCUUAGCCGAGUUGAACAGAAAAUUGGCAGUGUUGAAAAGUACCCUGCAGGCCACGCUUUUGAAGAAAUUGGAACUGGAAAGGGAAGUGAAGGACUGUACUGUUAAGCUGAAAAAAGCCGAAGGUUUGAUUUCCAGCCUCAGCGGCGAGAAAACCCGAUGGCUGGAUUCGGCCAACAAACUCGGGCGAUCCUACGACAGCUUAGCUGGAGAUGCGUUCAUGUCCAGUACCGUGAUAACAUAUUUAUCAUCGUUUAAUCUGGUGUACCGCGAAAAAGUGAUCACCGAGUGGAAAGAGUUCAUGAAAGUGUACAAUGUUCCGUUUUCAGAUGAUUACGAUUUUAUAGGCUUCCUUGGAAACGAGGUGAAAAUAAACGCGUGGCAAUUGUGUGGUUUGUCGAACAACCGGUUUUCGUUGCAAAACGCAAUAAUCAUGGACAAUUCCCCAUUGUGGUGUUUAUUCGUCGAUCCGCAAGCUCAGGCAAACGAGUGGAUCAGGAACAUGGAGAAACCGAAUAACUUGCAAGUUUUGAAAGUCACAGAUGCGAACCUCAUGAAGUCGAUUCAGCAGCAUGUUGAAUCGGGCAACCCCGUGUUGUUAGAAAAUUUGGAUAAGGAAAUAAGUGUUUCCGUCGAUCCAAUUCUCACUCGAUAUGUGUACGAACUUUCGGAAACUCCGUACAUAAAUCUUGGACGAGAAAACAUGUUGUAUAAGCCGAGUUUUCGAUUUUAUUUUACAACAAGGCACCACAAGCCUUGUUACUCGGCUGACAUAUUUAACAAGGUCACAGUGAUCGACUUCUUGUUGCCCAGCGAUGCUCUGCGAGAUCGGCUUCUGGACAUCGUGAUAUCUCGAGAGAGGCCGGAACUCCAAGAGAAAUUUGAAAAAGUAUUAGCCGAGAAUAUAAACAACAAGAGAAUACUCGAGCAGCAGGAAGACAACAUUUUGCACGUUCUGACGACUUCGUCUACGAAUAUUCUGGAGGACGAAGGAGCCAUCAAGAUAUUGGACUCCUCCAAGAGUUUGGCCGAAGACCUCACGAAGCGUCAACAGGCCACGAGAAUUUCCAAGGAAGAAAUCGAUGCGUUUCGCGAAACUUACGCUCAAUUCACAAAAUAUUGCGCGGACUUGUACAGUACGCUGAACGUACUGCCCAAUCUGAACCACAUGUACAGAUUUUCGCUCGCGUGGUUCACGCAAUUGUACAUCAAAUCCAUCGAAACCUCGAAUCGUAGCGUGAUUCACAAAAAACGCAUCGACUACUUGAAAAUGUCGUCGAUACAAAAUCUCCACCUAAGCGUCCAAAACGCCCUUCUCGACCGGCACAAGCUCAUUUACUCGUUCCUAUUGUGUGCAAAAACUUUGAUGGACACCGAACAAGUUACCGAACAAGAGUUCAACGUCUUUAUGAACUUGGACGGAAAAUAUUUCACCAGAGACAACGCGACAAUCUCUUCCAAUAAUAAUAAUCCAGCGCCCCAGUGGCUGUCCGACAAGUCGUGGAAGGAAGUAUGCAAGAUUAGCAAUUCGCUCGGUGUUUUUCAAAAUUUUGCCAACAGCUUCAGCACGAAUAUUGCCAAGUGGAAGAAAUCAUGCAACUCAAUCGACUGUGAUGACUUUUGCAUUCCCCCGCCUUGGGAUAAUAAACUGACGACCUUUCAAAAGUUGAUUGUCACGCGAAUUUUGUGCCCCGGCAGGAUAAUUGCGAAAAUAACCGAAUUCGUUGAAUCCGUGGUUGGAUAUGGCAACGGUUCGUUCGUCCCAAACAACGUAACGCGUCCGUACGCGGAGUCUAGUUGUUUCACGCCGUUGUUGUUUAUUUUGCCCAGUUAUUCGUCACCUUUCGCAAUCGUCAAUAAAUUGGCCAAAGUCUUAGGAUACUCUGCAAAAUUGCAUGUAUUGUCGAUGGGUCCAUCGCAAGGGCAAAAGGCCGAGUUGUUGAUAGAAAUGGGUAGAAAGAAUGGGGAGUGGGUGUUUUUGCACAAUUGUCAUUUAGCGCUAACUUGGAUGACAAAGUUCGAAAAGAUGUGCGAGGAGUUCACGGUGUCCAAUACGAAUUUGGGCUUCCGUCUUUGGAUGAGCGCUCAAACCGACGACAAGUUUCCAAUAGGUAUUUUACAAAACAGUAUUAAAAUUGCCUUUGACUUUCCGCAAGAUGUAAAGCAAACCUUGACUUGGUCGUACAAGUCCGAGCCGAUAAAGGAUAAGGAUUUUUUCGAAGGUUGUCCUGGGAAAGACAAGACAUUUUCAAAGCUGCUCUACGGGUUUUGUCUUUUUCAUGCUUUUGUCCGGGAAAGACGGCACUUUGGCAGCCAAGGCUGGAAUUUCAAGUGUGACUUUGACGAGUCGGAUUUACAAAUGUCAAUUACACAAUUGAAGAAUUGGAUAAACCAAUGUGACAAAGUUCCUUUCAAAGCUUUGAAUUAUUUUUUAAGCGAAUGCAAUUACGGUGGAAAAAUAAUGGACGUUAGAGAUAAAAUUUAUUUAGACACUUUACUCUUAGAUUUCUGUAACUUUAGAGUUAUAAGCGACUCGAAUUACGACUUUGAUACUGUUUUUGCAUACAGAGUGCCGAAGAGAAUCGAAUACAGAGAUUACUUGAAACACAUUAGAAAUACGAUUCCGGCCAACACGUCACCGGAAGAUGUAGGUCUUGAUAAAAAUGUAGCUUUGCUGAAAAACAAAAACUUCAACAUCAGAGCUGUAGAAGAAAAGUAUCCAAUUAUGGAAUCGGACUCUUUGAACUGCGUUUUAGUUGAAGAAGUAAAAAUGUACAAUAAGUGCCUAAACGUAGUGAGGGACACUUUAAACGAGCUUAAAACAGCUUUAAGUGGACAUUUAGUUUGGUCAGAAAGAAUGGAAGACAUUUCGGAAGAAAUAUUAAAAGAAUCAGUUCCAAAAUCGUGGAAAAUUCACGUUUCCUUGUGUACAAAACAUGUGCUUUCAAAAUUUAUAACAGAUUUGUUAGAACGUGUCAAAUUUAUAAAUAGUUGGAUUGUUAAUGGACAUCCAAAUUUUUACUGGUUUGGUGGGCUUAUGUCUUGUGAAAGACUACUAUCGACCAUGAAAGUUAUUUUUGCUAAACAAAAACAAGUUCCUAUCGAUCAAGUUGGAUUUGAUUUCAGUGUAUUGGACAUAAAAGAACCUUCCGAUAACUUUGAAGUACCAGAAAACACUGUAUGCGUUUAUGGACUUUACAUGGUAGGUGCCAAGUGGAAUGAGCAAAGUAAAUCCAUAAACGAUCCAAAGACAAAAGUUUUUUACAACGAGAUGCCAGUCAUUUCUUUUGAACUGACUCUCAAGAAAAAUAUAAAUUCUGUAAAUAGCUACAAGUGUCCCGUAUAUGUUUCACCAAGUUUACACAAUAGUGAAUGCAACUCCGAAGACUUGUUUGACAAUUACGUGUUGUCGGUUAAUUUGAAAUCUGAUGUUAAUCCAAAAAUAUGGAUCAAACGUGGUGUUGCAUUGUACUGUCAAGUAGAAUAA